GAGCACCUGCAAAAAUACAAAUGCAUUAAUAUAAUUAAGUUCUCGCUCUUCAAAUUUUCUGCUGCUUACUAGCGACAGGUGAAAAUAAAUUUUGACUUGUUUGGUCAAUACCUGUACAUUGGCCUAAAAAAUGUAUGCAAGAUUUUAUACAUCAUUCGUUUAUUAAUACAAAUCUAUCCAUUCAAACGGAUUUGUAGAAAAUUACAGUUCCUACCAGUUAUUAAACUAGUGAGCGAAAUUGUAAACUGCAAUGGCACCUGCAUUUUUAUACCCUUUACUCUUACUCUACUAUACGAGGGUAUACUAGAUUCGUCGGAAAGUAUGUAACAGGUAGAAGGAAGCGCUUCCGACCCCAUAAAUUAUAUAUAUUCUUGUUCAAGAUCACUAGCCGAGCCGAUGCAGCCAUGACCGUCUGUCCGAGAACGCUAAGAUCACGGAAACUACAAGAGCUAGAAUAGAGUAGUACAGUCAGCGGGGUGCCACGCGCACUCUAAUGCCCACAAUCCGUGAAAAUCUGUAGCGCCCACAGUUUUUAUGAUAGAAACAACAUUUUAACUGAAAAUUGUUUGUCUCAUCAAUACCUAUCGACUAACCUAAAAAAACGUGUCACGCCCACAAACGGCUUAAACGCUUAAAUCUGUCUGCCGCCCACAUAACAUCUACUGAAAUAGCCGGUAGGUGACGCCCUAAAAUAUCGCUUUGCUGGUUAUAUCUCCGUUCCCCUUUUGCUCCCUUAAGCUGAGAAACGGGUAUCUCAUAGUCGAGGCACUCGACUAUAGCGUACUUCCUUGUUUUGAGGUGGAGAACUACAAUUUAAUAUAAUUUAAUUUAAUAUUUCCACGCUUACUAGUUCCAAAAAUAUGUGGGUCCCGAUUUGUCUGUCAAUCUCAGCUUAAUAAGGAAUUACCUUAGCGUAAUCGCAUUCACAUUAAGGGCUCUCUUUUACGCCGAAAUUCAUAAUAAUCUUGGUUUGUUCAGCCGGCUCCUGAGUGUGUCCGCUGGGUCCCAAAUUUGUAAAUAUUUUCAGUGAAUAUUUUAUUAAGUCAAUAUCUUUGGGCGUGCCAAUGGUUUAAAUUGUUUAAAAGCUAAAUUCAAAGCUGAGGGACAGCUAUGUUAUAUGAUAGUCGAGGCACUUGACUAUAGCGUUCUCUCUAGUUUUUUAUUUGUUUGGUGCGGGAUGUUUAUGGAAAUGGAAAUGGAGUACACCAAAUUAGAUAAACGAUUAACUGGAAAAAGGGAUUUGAUAAGGCAAAAAUAUAAUUGGGCACAAAGCAGCAGUAUCUCCUCAGUUGGAUGAUGAAAUGGAUACCAUAUUGAAGGUCGAAAAAUUGGAAGUCCCGGGCAUUGCUAUACAAUGCGAACUUUUGCUGCCAAAUGGACAUUCGAAAAGGACUUUUGAAUUUGAUAUAUCAAGCAUUGGACUCCGUCGUCGUCUGGUGCGUCGCUUCUAUGGAAUACUAAUCCUGCAGGUGAUAUUUACUUUGCCCUGUCUGGAGUUGUUGUUGAACUAUCCCUUUCCGUACAAUUAUGUAAUGCCCAUGUCCAUGGUUAUAACUAUGAUCUUGUAUACGUGCUUUUACGUUUGGCGGGAGUGGAGGAGAUUUGCUCCUUUCAACUACUUGGUACUUUUCUUAAGUACUUGCAUCGGAUCCUUUAAUAGGAGUGUAUAUCUUCUUAAUGUGGUGCAAUCACAUUGGGUAUAUGUGUAUCCCGUCAUCCUGGUCUUUGAGAUCUUAUCCCUAAUGCUGUAUUCCGCCCAGGAGCGCUUUCGGUUUACCCAGAUUCGAGGGAUCUCCAUAAUCUGUCUCGUCUUUGGGUUGUUUAUGUUGCUGGCCUAUCGUCUGAACCGUAUGGUAGAGGUCUUCUCGGGAAUGGCCUGCACUGUGGAGGCUUGGUACGUUAUAUACGACACCCACUUUAUGCUCUGCGGUCGCCAUGGCUACAAUGUUGGACCCCAGGACUAUGUUUUUGCCGCCUGCAACAUUCACUGCGAUUUGCCCAAAGGGCUUUGGCGUUUGAUGAGGAUGCUCUUCUUCAGCAAAAUCGUGGAAGCCAUUCGCAUGUUCCGUGAAUGCUUCAGAACCGAAGUUUGCUAAGAGAACCCCCAGUU